AUCACAGUCCAAAACUGUACCUUCUUAGCUUCUUGUUUUUUGUUCAAUAAAAUACAGAUUCUCUCCCUAACUGUAUCACAAAUAGCAAAGCGAAGAACUUUCCUUUCCUUUCUUUAAUUUGAAAUGUCUUCUCUAUUAAGAUUCUGUACCUUUUUUUUCUGCUUUGAAAAUCCAAGAGUGAGAAACUAAGAAACUUCUGGUUUUGAAAAUAAGUCAAAUCAGUUAGGCCAUUUUGUAGAAAAAUAAAGCCAAAGUUGGUCACUGUUGGAUUAUUAAAUUUUUCUUCUUUAAAUGUUGGGUUUUUAAGAAACUAUUUACUUCACCGCAGUUAUAUAUAUUUUUUGAGUUUUGGGAUCCGAUUUUUCUGACAGUUAAAAAAGAUACAUUGCUGAUUUACUUGGAAGGUGAUUUUGAGAACUGGGUCUUUCUCAUUUUCAUCCAAAAGGGGUUGUAAGUGUGUGUUUUUUUUCUUUGUUUACAAGGUGUUUGAUGUUGGGUUUGUUUUGGGAUGUGCAUGAAUGAACACUUUCAUGUGUGAACUUAAGUUCUGAAUUUCUUCAUUUAUGAUCUUGGGAUUUGGUCUUUAUACAGGUGGGGAUUGUUGAUCUCAAUAAAUUUUUGGAAUGUGAGCAUAAAUGUUGACUAUGAGAUUCAAUCCAGUGACUUCCCUCAAUUGGGUAUUCUUAGCUUGCUUUAUCUGUUCUACACUGAGCUUUGAGACUUCAAGCCAACACUGUGAUCCAAAUGAUUUGUUGGCAUUGAAACAAUUUGUUGGGAACCUCACAGCUGGUUCCAUCAUCACUUCAUGGUCUAAUGAAUCCAUUUGUUGUCAAUGGGAUGGUGUUGUUUGUGGGAAUAAUAUCAAUGUCUCAGUUUCUAAUAGAGUCAUUGCUUUGAUUCUUCAUGGGAAGGGUCUCAAAGGGAAAAUCUCAAGCUCUUUAGCCAGUUUAGACCUUAAACGGCUUGACCUUUCGUGCAAUCAUCUUCGAGAUCCCUUGCCUUUAGAACUCUCAAAUUUGAAGCAGUUGGAGUACCUUGAUUUGAGCCAUAACAUGCUUUCGGGGCCGGUUUCGAGCUCUGUUUCCGGUUUGGAAUCUAUUCAAUGGCUGAAUCUUUCGAGCAAUUCAUUUGAUGGUGACCUGUUAGAGCUUGGAAGGUUUCCGGAUAUUGUUGUGUUCAACUUGAGCAACAAUUCGUUUACCGGCCAAUUCGGAUCUCGAAUCUGCAGUAACUCGAAACGGAUUCAGGUUCUUGAUUUGUCAAUGAACCACUUAGUAGGGAGUCUUGAAGCCCUAGAGAAUUGUAGUAUGUCUCUACAACAGUUGCAUUUGGACUAUAAUUCAUUUGCAGGCGGUUUUCCCGACUCGUUGUACUCGAUGUCGUCACUGCAGGGUCUUUCGAUCGCCGGAAACAAUUUCUCGGGUCAAUUAAGCAAGGAAUUGAGUAAGCUCUCUAGCCUUAAAUCCUUGAUUAUAUCUGGAAACCAUUUUUCGGGUAGACUGCCUGAUAUCUUUGAGAACCUCACACAAUUAGAGUUGUUGUGUGCACACUCGAAUUUGUUUUCUGGUCCAUUGCCAUCGUCCCUGGCGCAAUGCUUGAAGCUUCGUAUACUUGAUCUUCAGAACAAUUCGUUUAGUGGUCCUCUUGAUCUUGAUUUUACCGGAAUGUCGAAUCUUUACUCACUUGAUCUCGCUACUAAUCAUUUUACUGGUUCCCUGCCUGUUUCACUAUCUGAUUGUAAAGGACUGAAUGUUUUGAGCUUGGCGAAGAAUGAAUUCCGUGGCCAAAUCCCCAAGACUUACGCCAAUCUCGGAUCGCUUGUGUUCCUCUCGUUGUCGAAUAAUAGUUUUAUCGAUUUACCUGGAGCUCUAUCUGUGCUUCAGCACUGCAAAAAUCUCUCCACUCUUAUCCUCACAAAGAAUUUAUAUGGAGAGGAAAUUCCCAGAAAUGUAAGCGGAUUUCAGAGCUUAACAAUUUUAGCACUCGGAAAUUGUGCUCUGAAAGGCCAAAUACCGGAUUGGUUGUUGCGAUGCGAGAAGCUUGAAGUGUUGGAUUUGUCAUGGAAUCACUUAAAUGGAAGCAUUCCGACUUGGAUCGGCCAGAUGAAGAAGUUGUUUUACUUGGACUUCUCGAAUAACUCUCUCACCGGAGAAAUCCCGAAGAGUUUAACAGAGCUAAAGAGCCUCACUUCUUCGAAUUGCAGCUCAUCGAUUUCUUCAUCUUCAGCUGGAAUCCCGCUUUACGUGAAGCGGAAUCGGAGUGCUAGCGGUCUUCCAUACAAGCGGCUUUCGAGUUUUCCGCCAGCAUUAUACUUGAGCAAUAACAGAUUAAAUGGGACGAUAUUGCCUGAAUUCGGGCGAUUGAAGCAACUCCAUGUCUUAGAUUUGAGCUGGAAUAACAUCACUGGGGUCAUCCCUAGUUCCAUUUCUGAUAUGGAAAACUUGGAAAUUCUCGAUUUAUCGCACAAUAACUUGCACGGAUCAAUUCCUUCAUCAUUUUCCAAGCUCACAUUUUUGUCAAAAUUUAGUGUUGCCUAUAAUCACUUGCAUGGUGUGAUUCCAACUGAUGGACAGUUUUAUAGCUUUCCCAACUCGAGCUUUGAGGGGAAUCCCGGACUUUGUGGGAAAAUAGUCUCUCCUUGCGAUGUUUUCAACAGUAUGCUAAAGCCAACUAUUCCAUCCGGUUCAAGCAAGAAGUUCAGUCGAAGCAGCAUUCUUGGAAUAACAGUCAGUAUAGGAGUUGGAAUUUCCUUGCUUCUUGCUAUUGUUAUACUUAGAAUGUUAAGGAGGGAUGCCGGUGAUCGGAUUGAUGAUUUUGAUGAGGAACUUAGCCAAUCACAUGGGUUAUUUGAAGGUUUUGGUACAUCAAAAUUGGUUCUUUUCCAAAGCUCGCACUGCAAGGAGCUCACGGUGAUGGACUUGUUAAACUCUACAAACAAUUUCAACCAAGCAAACAUAAUUGGUUGCGGCGGCUUUGGACUGGUAUACAAAGCCUACCUUCCCGAUGGCACAAAAGCUGCUGUCAAGAGGCUUUCCGGUGAUUGCGGUCAGAUGGAACGUGAGUUCCAAGCUGAAGUUGAAGCCCUUUCGAGAGCUCAGCACAAGAACCUUGUUUCUCUACAAGGUUACUGUAAGCAUGGUAACGACCGAUUAUUAAUUUACUCGUAUAUGGAGAAUGGAAGCUUGGAUUAUUGGCUGCAUGAGAGUGUUGGUGAGUCGUCGGUUCUCAAAUGGGACGUAAGGCUCAGGAUCGCUCAAGGAGCUGCUUGUGGGUUGGCUUAUUUGCAUAAGAUUUGUGAACCGAACAUAGUUCACCGGGACGUAAAAUCCAGCAACAUUCUUUUGGAUGAAAAGUUUGAAGCUCAUUUAGCAGAUUUUGGCCUUUCAAGGCUACUUCGUCCGUAUGAUACCCAUGUCACAACAGACUUAGUUGGAACAUUGGGUUAUAUUCCUCCGGAGUACAGCCAGACCCUAACUGCAACCUGCAGAGGUGAUGUUUACAGUUUCGGUGUUGUUCUUUUGGAGCUUCUUACCGGCAGAAGGCCUGUCGAAGUACGCAAAGGGAAAAACUGUCGGGAUUUGGUCUCCUGGAUGUUUCAGAUGAAAUCCGAGAAAAGGGAGUCGGAGAUUAUAGACUCCUCGAUAUGGGACAAGGAUAACGAAAAACAGCUGUUUGAAAUGCUUGAAAUUGCCUGUAAGUGCUUAGACCCGGACCCGAAGCGGAGACCCUUAAUCGACGAAGUUGUAUCGUGUCUGAAUAGCAUUGAAAAUGAGGUUGUUCAACAAUGAACAUCCAUUGCUUCACUCAUCGAAGUCUUCUUUGGGUUCGGAAGGGUAUACAAAUGGUUCAAACUCGAUUUGUAUACUAGCAGUUUGCGAGUUGUAUACAUAGGCUAUUUCAGCUGUUUAUUCGAUCCGAAAUAUGCAAUUAUAAAAGAAUAUCUAAUCAUUUCCUCCAACUUUUCCUUCUCCGAAUCAGGUAUGCAGCGGUUCAACUUCAAAUGGACCGGUUAUUUCUCGUAUCAUGAUUUCAUUUGAAAGUUUGCAGUGAUCGUAAUUCUUAUGCUUCUCAAAACGGCUGAGAUUACUAACAUGAGAUGAUGCUUUUUUAUGAUAUAAAUGCAAUGCAUCAUCAUACAUGAAUUCAUCGAUUACUUCGAUUCACAGUCGAUGCACCAAAAUGGCUAUUAUUGUAUCAGUUCCCCGGUGAGAAAAAGAAGCUUAACCAUGGCUGUCGUCAUGCGACCAGGUCGGGUCUUGUAUCCAAAUUUGCAUAGGAUUGCACUUUGAUCGUCAUGGUAUGGAGAGUAUAUCAGUGUCUGGAAUAUGUUUCUAACAACCUGUAUGUGUGUAUAUAUAUGUAAACACAUAUUUUAAGUACUAUUUUCGUAUCCAUAGUGUGUAUAUAUGUGUAAACAAGCAUCCAAGGUUGUUUUUCCCUCCAUUAGUUUUGAGUAGGAGCUUGGAAACAAGUUAAAAAACAUGCUGUUAGUCCAUGUAAUCUUCGUAAAUUUAAAAUUUAGCCUAUAUACUUUUAUUUUUGGGAA